AUGAAUACUGUAAAACGCCAACCAGUAGAUGAUGAAAUCCGUCCGACGCCGACUACUUCGGAAUCAACAUAUGCAGAAUCAUCGCCUAAUCGUGACUUUUCUGGUUUGUUAUGGUUUGAUAUUACGAUGAUGACGGUGCAAAGUAUAUUUACAAGUGGUGAUGGUGAAGAUAAAAACUCGAGUAAAAAGAGAACAAAAGGAGGAUGGAAAACCAUGCCCUUUUUAUUAGGACAUGAGAGCUUGGAGAGGCUAGCACUAGGUGGGUUGCUGGCGAAUGAGGUGGUCUAUCUAAAAACGAAAUACAAUAUGGAGAUUGUUACAAUUGUAAAUUUGGAAAAUAUCAUUUCUGGUACAACAAACUUGGCAACCUUAGGUGGCGCCUUUCUUGCAGAUGCUUACAUUGGUCGAUUUCUAGCAUUACUCAUUGGCGCUUUCUCGAAUUUAAUUGGAACGAUUCUAUGGACUCUCACGGAUCUAAUCCCGAGAGUGCGACCACCAAAGUGUAGUGAGGUGCAAGCAAAGUUGAGAGAAUGCAUAAGUGCUUCCAGAGUACAGAUGUUUUUUCUUGUGAUGGCGAUGGUUUUCAUGAGCAUUGGGUCAGCUACAAUAAGACCAGCUGCUACGCCAUUCGGGGCAGAUCAGUUUGAACGAGGAGGAAUUAAAACAGUCGAACAGAAGAAAGACCUUCAGAGUUUCUUUAAUUGGUAUUUUUUCUCAAUGAGCUUGGUCAGUGUGGUGGCCAGUACUGUUAUUGUUUAUAUUCAGAGCAAUGUGAGCUGGACCUUGGGAUUUGGUAUCUGUGCUAUACUCAUGCUCAUUUCAUUAGUUGGCUUCCUUAUUGGUGCACCCCUUUUCUACCGUGAAACGCCACAGGGCAGCCCUUACACAGGUAUUGCACAGGUGAUCAUGGCGGCUUUCAGAAAGAGAAAAUUAUCUCUUCCCUCUGAUCUGACACUGCUUUAUUACGGUCAAAACAGCCCUAAAAUCUCUAUUACAUCCAGAUUCAGGUAUCUACUAUUCAUACUCUCCCUUUCUGUAUGA